AUGAUACUUGCCAAAAUCCUCCUCCAACAAUUGUGGUUGGAGGGAACGGACUGGGACGAGCACGUGAAGCCUACGUCUUUCCAUAAGUGGAACAAUUUCCGUGAAGACCUCCAGGCAAUAAGCGCCAUCAGCAUACCGCGUUGGGUGCGCUUCGCGCCCGAAAAACGCAUACAGAUACAUGGUUUUUCAGACGCUUCUGAAAAGGCAUUCUGUGCUUGCGUUUACAUCAGAGUACAACACGCAGAAAACUCCUUCUCGACUCACCUUUUUGUUGCCAAAACCAGAGUUGCCCCGCUGCAAACGAUAAGUUUGCCACGUUUAGAACUUUGUGGCGCUGUGUUGCUGUCGAAGUUAAUCGCUUUUACCCGUUCCCAACUGAAUCUGCCACCUCAUGAAUCAACGCUCUGGUCAGACUCCUCCAUCGUGUUAGCUUGGCUGGAAAAACCACCACAUUCAUGGAAAACUUAUGUAGCCAACCGGAUCACUCAAAUUCUCCAGAAUGUGAGCAAUACCACUUGGCGCCACCUACCCAGCGGUGAUAAUCCAGCAGACUUAGGAACACGUGGAUGUAAACCACAAGAUUUAGCUGUAUGUUCCUUAUGGUGGAACGGGCCCGAGUGGCUCUCCAAACCAUCUUCUUCAUGGCCCAAAGGAGUCCCAGCCAAUUUAACUCCACCUGAAAUGAGACCAAUAGAGUCCCUCCACUCCUUAGAUUGUGCGGAUAUUCUUGAACGCUUUUCCUCAUUUUCAAGAGCUUUAAGAGUCAUUUCGUUUCUCUACCGGUUCGUACGUCGCUCGCGAGAUUCCCCAAUUCCAGCAUCGUUAGCUCUUACACAGGAGGAAUUGAAUCUCGCAAAAUUAAAACUGAUCGCAAUAACACAACGCAACUAUUUUGCAGAAGAAAUAAGUGCCUUGGAAUCCUCCAAACCCAUUAGCAAAAAAAGCUCUCUGUUAACCUUAAACCCUAUGUUGGAUAAUGCUGGUAUUAUGCGAGUAAAUGGACGUUUAGCUUAUGCCGCCCUAAGCUAUAAUGAACGCCACCCCAUAAUCAUCCCAGACGGCUCGAAAUUCUGCUCACUGCUGCUAGACUUUCUCCACAAAACCUUGCUUCACGCUGAAAAGCAGCUAAUGAUUCGUAUGGUGCAGCAGGAGUAUUACAUUCCCCGCCUCAAACAAAAGGUGAAAGGGUGCAUCUUCCAAUGCAAGACUUGCACUAUUUACAAACAGCGAAUGCGAUCACAAAUAAUGGCGGCACUACCCCCAGAGCGUUCAUCGUACUCGCUGCCCUUUCACACAACCGGCGUUGAUUUCGCUGGACCGUUUAUGGUAAAAACCUCCCCCCUGCGACGAGCGUCUCACACAAAAGCAUACGUUUGUGUAUUCGUAUGCUUUUCCACAAAAGCUGUCCAUUUAGAAUCAUGCACAGAUUUGACCACCGAAGCGUUCAGAGCCGCAUUCACUCGAUUCGUCGGCCGCCGCGGACUGCCAAACAAAAUUAUGUCCGAUAACGGGAAGACGUUUAUUGGAGCACAGCGGGCUAUCCAGCGUGAUUUUGCUUUAUUUCUGAAAGAGGCAGCUUCGGAUGUCGCUGCACGAUAUGCGGUACAGGGACUCUCUUGGCAGUUCAUACCGCCAUACGCCCCUCACAUGGGCGGUCUGUGGGAAGCCGCCGUAAAAAGCUUUAAAACCCACUUCACUAAAGUCGCUGGAAACCAAAAAUUCACCUUUGAGGAAUUCACCACUCUCCUCAUCCGAAUCGAGGCAGUCCUCAACUCGCGCCCUCUCUCCCCCAUGUCACAAGAUCCAAGCGACUUAUUAGCUUUAACGCCAGGCCAUUUUCUCCGUGGGGCUCCCUUGGUUUCCCUACCUGAGCCGAAUGCCGAAAAUGUAUCGCUCCAUACCAAAUGGCAAAAAUUGAAAGUCCUCCAUCAGCAAUUCAGCUCACGUUGGAAAACCGAGUACCUACAAGAAUUGCACAGGAGAUAUAAGUGGAAACACCCACAACUCAAUAUCCGCGAAGGAGAUUUUGUGGUGAUCAAAGAUGAUCUCUUGCCUCCCACUGACUGGCGCCUUGGCCGAGUCACCAAACUCCACUUUGGGGCGGACCAAAACGUACGAGUGGUAGAUGUUCGAACACAAGCCGGCAUAGUCACUCGAAACGUCACUAAAAUAUGCGUAUUACCCUCAUAA